AUGAGCGGCAGUGACGUCAGCUCUGCAGCAGCGGACAGGGCUGAGUCCCUGCAGGAUCAACCGACCAGACUGUGCCUGUACAGUCAGCAGCAGCAGCACACCAACUACAGACAGCAGCACCACACCAAAACACACAACAACACUCAGCUGUCUGCCUUCACUUUAGAUCCGCCAACACCGAGCAGAAGUAACAUCAUGGGUAACGUUCAGGUAAGAAAAGUAGAUUUGGUUCAACUUCUGCUGCUCAAAGUAUCUGUUAAUCCGAGCAUCAUCAUCAUUAUCUGAAGUUCUCAGCGUUUAUUGGACUUGACAGACUUUUACAAAGCGAACGAGACGAGUAAGCUGGGAUGUAGUUCACUUAAAGCCUGCUAUGAACUCAAAUGUGAAAAGCUCGUAAAGUUUCACCGAACAAUUUCGUGUAUUAUUUUGAGUUAAAACUGUCUUCAGGGGGAAAAGUUUGGACAUUUAGUGUAAACAGCGUGAAUGUAUUGGGGCAGAAGUUGCGCAGCUGACUUGGUCAAAGGGAGGCUCCCUGUCAGGCCGAGGACGCAGCAGCAGCAGGAAUUUGAGAGCAGCUCUGAUCAAUAAGGCCGCAUUGUGUUUAGGGAGGGUGGGCUAUGAGAGCGAGAGAGAGAGGCUGUACACACCACCACCACCACCACUACUGCUGCUGCUGCUGCUGCUGCUCCGUGACUCAGCUCUACACGGGCUGCACCCUUUUCUUGCGGGACAGGCGGGCCUUAUGCAAUCACGCUAACAUAAUCAUUUCCAGUCUGUAAACCCAGCCUGCAUUUAGCCUGACCGGACUGACCCAUGACUGCAGAUUUAAACUGUUUGGAUUUAGUUAUUAAUCUUACAGACAUUACUUUGUACCUACCAAGAUUGCUUUGAAAUAACAGUUUACCAUGAAUGAUACCAGUCAUGUCUUUAAAAGCGUGGCACAAGAGUGGGUAUUUUGAUUUGAUUGUUCUGUGAUGCAUUGAUACAGCAGGGCAUGAGAGAAGAAAAAAAAAACAGAUUACAACAGCACCAAUUUGGAGAAAGAGGUUGAAAACAAAGCAGAUCACUAAAUUCUUAAAUUAGCCACCCUGUGUAUCCUCCCAGACUCCAGAAACAAAAAAAAAAGUCUGUCAAAGUGAACAUUUUACAGCUGUCUUCAAUGCAACUAAACACUGUUUGAUAUUUAACAUACAUGUUAUUUACAAAUGUGCUUUACUUGUGAUAAAAGCAACUAAAAAAAAUGUAAUUCAUGUUUGACUUCUUCAGGUAACACACAAAAAAACCUCAGAUGCACAGAUUUUGUCCUCAGGGUCUUCUAAUCUACCAUCUUUACCACUAUUGUGCUGGAUUGUAAUUUUUUUAAAACAAAUUUUCAUCCUCAAAACCAGCAAGUCCCUUCUCAUAUUGCAUGCUGAGGUGAUAAUUUCCACACAUCAUCAAAUGUCCUUAAAUGCAGCAUGAAGCCCUGGGGCCCAAAGACAGCUGUGUGAUUUGCUUCCAAAAGGAGAUUUCUAUUGUUAAAGAUUUAUGUUUUCUUUUUAUCCCCCAGCCCACUGUAGUCCCAUAUGAGGACUUUGACGUCACCGCUGACAUUAAGGCCAUCAGAAGAGCAUGUAAAGGUUUAGGUAAGUGAACAACGGUGUAUUUGCUCCUCCAUCAUUCAGAAAUUACAUUUGUGCUCUGUGCUGUUGGAGCCUUGAAAUUAAAGCCCGUUUAAGGUGAAACCUUGCAGAGCUACGGCAGUCAACAAUUUUGUUUUUUAAGAAAUAUCAUUGUCAGGUUAUGUCUUCUAAUACUGGAAAGAUCCUUGAGAAUAAACCAGCAUUAUACAUCAAAAGGCAGACCUCAGUCUCCUCUGUUUCUUAGACCAAAGAUAGAUAACAGGAGGAGAGUCAAAACCUAAACAUUUAUAGAUUAUCAUCUUUAAUGCGCUUCAAAUUUAACUAAACUAUCUAACUAUCUAACUAAAAAUAUAUAAAUGCUACUGCUACAGCCUUUUCUGCUACCUUCAAUAAAAAUAAGUCAACUGUUAGCGGUAUGACCAAAAGAUCUGUUUGGAUUAGGUAACCUGGUGCACAGAGCGUUUAUUUUCUCUGUUAAAUACUGUUGAGGAGUCAGGUUAUAUCACUUGUUUAGAUUCACAUUUCCUUUUUUUGUUUUUGCUGUUGUUUUUACUCUCCAGGCACUGAUGAGGCGGCCAUCACUGAAAUCUUGGCCAAUCGUUCCUCAGCUCAGCGUGUGGAGAUCAAAGUGGCCUACUUUGAUAAGUACGACGAUGUGAGUACCUGUUUCUACCGUCCUCUUUAAAGACACAUAUAUCGUCAAAGAACUAUGUAACUUCAGUGUCAUCUCUGCUUGUCUCAGGAGCUGGAAGAGGUCCUCAAGUCUGAGCUGACAGGGAGCUUUGAGAAGGCCGUCCUGGCCAUGUUGGACCCUCUUCAUGUUUUCUUUGCCAAGGAGCUGAGGAGGGCCAUGAAGGGGGCAGGGACGGAUGAAGACGUGCUCGUAGAGAUCCUGUGCACCUCCUCCAAUGAGGUCUGUGUGUAUGUGUCUGUGUGUGUGUGAUGAAGUUUUUUAAAUCUCUAACUUUAGGUUAAUCUUAAUAAACUUUGGUUUUAUUUGUUGCAAGCUCAGAGCACUAUAGAGCUGAUUUCUACUGGAUCAAGCCAUUGGUUACAUCUACACCAUUUUUGUACCACUUUAAAACAAGGCAAAUUUUUAUCUAUCUAUAUAUAUAUGUAGAGGUCCUAAAGCCUGCCCUGUUCGUUAUAGCAGAAAGAGCAUGGGUGGAACUUUAAAAUUAAACAAUAUUUUCCCAAAUUUGAUUCACCCCUCUUUUCCUGGUAUGUUGUUAACCCUUAGUUUAUUGGCCACAUAGGCAGGGUGUGUCUAAAGGUGUUUGAUUAGGGGGAGUUUCACUGAGUCACUGACUUCUACGGGUUGCUGAUCAGAUUUUAGGCGGGGCUUGUAAGACCCCUGGCACCAAGCAGUAAAAUACCUAUAGAGCUGACGUUUAAGAAGGUAGAAACUUAUUACUAAACAUGCCAACUAUAACCUAAUAUUCAUUUCAACUUCAGAAGGGAAUGGAAUUCGCCAGUAUAUCUGUUUGAUACUCUUAUAUUAUCAGUACCUCAUCACUGACUCUGAUUGCCCCCGAGCUAGCUCUAGAGAGUAAAUAUAAAGUGGAUUUGUUAGUUUCUUAGAUAAAAAACAUGUCCUGUUAUUUGAAAUGAUGAUGAGGAAGUAGCAGCUAAUUUAAACUGCAAAUUCUGCUUCAAAACAAGAAACUUAAGCAGGAUACACAAGAGGAUAUACUCUUGCCAUGCCCUGAGUGACCUCUUAAAUAUCAUAAGUUGAUUUGAUCGAUAUUAACUAUGAAACAGUUUUGAAGAGUUCCUUUAAUACCAGGGUUUCACGGAAUCUAUCUUUCCCUCUUCUAGGACAUCCUGAAGUACAAGGAAACAUAUGCUCAGGGUGAGUCAUACAAGAAAAAGCUUCCUAUGUUUCAAACUAGAGUUUUUGUGGUCGGCUGAAGUUUGAUAUUUAUGUUCAUGUUGAGGGUGUUUCUCUUCUUAGGGUGACUCAUGAUUUGAGACAUGAGACAUUGAGACAUGAUUUCCAAACGUACUCACCACAAUCCCGGCCUGAUCCUCCCAUCCUCUGGCUUAAAUCAGAAGCUCAGAAGCUACUUAUCUAAUAACUGUCUUUUCUCUUAUCUUGCAGUGCAUGAACGUGACUUGGAGGCUGACAUCGAGGGUGACACUAGCGGGGAUGUGAAAAACCUGUUUGCAUCACUGCUGCAGGUAGAGGUUCAUUAUUAAAGUUUCACUCAACUUUGACUUCCCUCUAGUGUUAGUAGUAAUAAGCGGAGGAAAGGGAGCAAAGCCUCAGUUUUAUAAACUAAACUACAUUUCUUGGUUUUGGAUUUGGCUGAAAGCCAUAAAGAGGAGGAGGAUCAUGCUUUUCCUCCAUUGUCUUACGCUCACAGAAUUGUUCUCGCUGCUGUGAUUCGCCCACUGAGACAUUGGUCACACAUCACAUCAUUGUCUGGCACACUUCAGUCUUUUUUUCAGCACUCCCACCCAUCUCUGCUUCCCUUCUUUUUUCUUCCCCACGAAACAAAGACAAACAAAGUGUGACUCAUGUUCCAUAGUGAUGCCUUUACAAAGAGCUGCCACUACCAUGGCCUUCAAAUACUUCCCCCUGAUGUGAAGCAGAUGACUGUUAUCCAGUUAAACAGCUGGGAUUUCUGUCCUGAUCUGUCUCUUUAACCUUUUCUUUACUCACUUAAUAUUUUCCUUCAGUCUUGCUAUACAUUUUGCCGACUUUAUCCACCCUCCUAGACCUCUCAUUGUCCCCUGCUGUGACCUCCUCUUCUCCUGUAUCUCUGUCCUCUACAGGCGAGCAGAGAUGAGGGUUUGGAGGUGGACGAGGAUUUAGCCGAACAGGAUGCUGCAUCUUUGAUAGAGGUACGUCUGCAGAUAGAGUCUGGGCAGAGUAUUUCUUUUAAAUCAGGGGCCUUAUUCAUAGUUGCCUCUCAAUGUAACACCAGUGUUUGCCAAAGGCUUGUGAUCCUGGUUUUAAAUGCUUAAGCCCAGGAUAACGGGGAAAUCUCAAAAGUACAGAUUUGAUUGAAUCAAGGUUUGUUUAGUGGUAAUACUGUGCGAUGGCUCUUAUCAUAGGGCAGACUUGUUGGACCUCUGUGGGAUCACACAUCUCAAGUUUUGUAGUGUACUGCAUAGAUAUGAAUGUAUGGGAGGAGAAUAAUUUAGAAAAGUCUAAGAAAUUAUUUAACCACAAUGUAAUUAAAUCUUAUUGUCAUUCUCAUACAACAACCAUUAUAACAGUGAAUAAGAAUAACUUCUACCAUCUUAGGGCAGAGUUAUCUGUCAAACACUAGCAUAGUGAAACAAAGCUAAUUACAAUCUAGAUAAUAACAGCUGUUGUUUGUUUGUUUGUUUGUAGUGCCAAUUAGCUCACAUCAUCGUCCUCACUUCACAUUUAGGGCUCUAUUUUCAUGUCCCGUAGGCAGCAUGGCGUAGGCGCGACGUAAGUCAGGACCGCUGCGCUGACAAGGCGUACCCAAGCACACUUUGGCACACAGGUUUUCUUUCCAACCCAAAACUCCACCAGGUGAUUUCACUGAUUACCUUACCUCCAAGCACAGAGCAGGGACUAAUCAGUGAAAUCACCUGGUGGAGUUUUGGGUUGGAAAGAAAACCCGCAGCCUCAUGGCCCUCCAUGGCACAUGAUUGCCCACCCCUGAUGUGGACAUAGCCUCUUGGUUUCAAAAGUAAGCUAAAUUUUGCAUUCAACCACAUGGCCAACAGGGGGCAUUAGCACCAGUUGCAAAAUAUGUCUAAUUGAAUUUGUGAAAGCCUUGAGUCCGCUAAAUAAAACCAUAUAUUUUUGAAAUACAUGAUACACAUGUAAAACAUGGACUUAGUUUCAGUUAUGUUACCCACUGGACCACUUUCCUCAAAAGAAUUAGUUACUUGCAUGCUUUAGCUAUAUUUAUUGGUAAGGUUCUGUUCUGAGGGCAUCUUACCCUUUCGCUUGUUUUCAUGAAAAGCCAAAUCGGGGAGAGCAGCCAUCGUAAAAAUCCCAGAGCAGAACAGGACAGACAACAGCGACAAUUCUUAUGACCCUGGUAAGAUCAGACACAACAUAAAUGGAGGCGCUGGAGUGGAGGUGGGCUGCAAUGUCGCUUUGGAGAAGCAGCAAGAGAAGACAGGCUGGAGCUGUUUAAAUAGAGUGCCUCGCUGACAUUUGCCAGUUGGAUUGGUUAUUGGAAGGUUAUCAGCUGAGCUAUUUACUCAUUUGGGCUGGUGUGAUGAUCAGCUGAUUUACCAUGGGCCAAGCUUGACUUUGUGUCCUUCCUGAACUGCUACUAUGCUCAAUUUUGGUCAACCACGCCCACCUGUCAGUCAAGUCAGCCACUACCCCAGUCUUGUCCGAUAAUGCAAAACUCCUGACCCUCAUAUCCUCAAAACAAACCAGUCAUUAAAAAGCCCUCACUAUAUGGUGUGUAUGACUAUUUGGACUAACAGUGCAGUAAACAUUUUGAUUUUGCUGUAAGAAUGGAAAAUUAAUAGAGUCCUCCGAGCUUUUGGAGUCAAUCUCAACCAGAAACUUGAGGAACUGCAUUUUUUGCGCCUCUCCUGUGGCUCCAUUUUUCUACAUUUGAGGUUGCUUCUUGAAUAAAACACACAUUUUGGGGGGAUUUGGCUUCCUGUGAUAGACAGGCUUCUCCUACAACAACCUGUUUAUCAGGAUAAAGGUGUAAUAUCUUAUAUCCAGCCUCUCAGAUCAAAUCAUAGCAACAAACCAAGAUGGCAAUGUUCCUUGUGAUCAGUUUUGCGGUCGUUUUCAUUAAAAUUCAAAGCCAGAGUAGUCCACAGCCAAGUCAAGUUAGUUUCUUCAUGUUUUUCCCAAUUUGGUAACAUGCUGAUGUGAGAAAGAACAGCAGCGUAGCAGUUAUGAUUUAUAUUCAUAGUUUCAUAGUCAUUCCUAAUUUAUCUUGACAUAAGAGUUCAAGCCUUUGAAGAGAAAUUUGGAUUUUAUGAUGAUUUUUGAGUUAGUUUUAAUUAUUAAUGUGUGCAAAGACUUCCCAGAUAUUCGACAUUAACGAGAAUUUGGCAUUUUCCAUAAAGAAAGUCAUGUCCUCAGUAUCCAAAUAUGACUUAACAUGAAUCAUGCUGAACAUCACAUCAACCAAAAUAGAUAAACCUCAGAAAUGUUAGUAAAUAUUUGCUACUGACACUGUUGCUCCUCUCUCUCUCUCUCUCUUUCUCUCUCUCUCUCUCUCUCUCGCUCUCUCUCUCUCUCUCUCUCUCUCUCAGGCAGGAGAAGCCAGAUUUGGCACAGAUGAGUCCACCUUCACCUUCAUUCUGACUCACAGGAACCAUAUGCAGCUUCAGGCCACCUUUAAGGCCUACGAGGCGGUGAGAACACAAACCCUUUUGGUUUUCCAUUAUUCUUCAUAUGAAAGGCUCUAAUUUAACUUUUUGUUUUGCAGCUUUCAGGGACAGACAUUCUGGACGCGAUUGAAUCCGAGGCAACAGGAACUCUGAAGGAGUGCUACAUCACGCUGGGUAGACUUCACUAUAAAAGGACUGUUUGCCUGCUGUGAAGAACAGAUUAGAAACAGUUCUUGUGGUAACUCUGGCUGUGUUUGUGUGUGGUUUUUUUAGUCAGGUGUGCUAAGAACCCUCAGCUGUAUUUUGCCCGACGUCUUAAUGCUGCCAUGAAGGGCGCAGGCACAGACGAGGACACAUUGAUUCGCAUCAUUGUAGGACGCUCAGAGGUGAGUUUGUGUGUUUUGUUCUCAAAUGUAGGAAUUCAUGCAGCUAUUUUAAAAGGAAGAAAACUAAAAAAUCCUGGUAUUCCUCAUUGCAAUUUAAUUGUGCCACCUACAGAUAAACAUUGAUAAAACAUGCGAAUAUGUUUGAAAAGUCUAACCUGAAUUUGGAAAAGGUUUUUUUCUGUGUUAUUCUUAAUGACCUCUUGUGGCCUGUCUGCAGUACUACAUCAUCUUGUUAAAGGGCUGCAAAAUACAGUUUGACAAACUGUGAUUUGAUAUAAGUUUCACUUGUGGGUUGAAAUUUCAGUUUGGGAAGUUUUCUGGUGUCUGUUUGCACUUUGUAGAAUGAGCAGUUUUAUGAUGGUAGACUUUAAUUUAUGUAGAAAAAAGUCUGCUGGAAGAGCAAAGACAAGCACAGUCCAUGUUCAUGGCAUCCCAGAUUCAGCAGCUUUCUAACACUGAUUUUUUUUUAUUUCCAUGUUUAUAUUUAUGCAUUUAAGUACAGUAGAUAAUCCAAAAUGGUUCAAAAAAUGACCAAUUAUGUGACAGAUCUGGUUGUCACAACAACCAGUCAGCAUUUAGAUUUUGUGUCUUCCAUAAAAUCAUUAGAAAUGUUUUUCCCUCUGUUCACUGAUAAAGUAUCCUCUGAGUUUUUUUCCCCUCAGUGGGACAGAAAAAGGUUCACUUUCCAUUUUUAUAACUAUGAAUUAUGAUGAUGUUGGUCCAGCAAACUUUUAGCCUGUUGUUUGUUUGUAAAUCAGAAGAAAACUGGCUCCUGCUUUGGGGUUGCUGUUGCAGUAAAUCAUCAGGCAAGCUCUGCCAUAUUUACAAAUGACUCACUAGAUAUUCAUAUGUGGACACAACCACAAGGGGUGAAAUCAACCAAGAAUUGAUGGCCUUUAUUUAUCAUUCCUGGGGGCAUAUAUUAUCAUCAAAUAAAAGCGCAGGGGUUUUAGACAUUGAAUAAAUCUAAAUGAGAAUAGAAUGAGACCUGUAAUUAAAAAAUUAAUAAGAUAGAAUAAGAAGAACUUUAUUUAUCCCCGGGGGGCAAUUUGAUGUCACAGACAUCAGAGCUCUUGUGAGAAACUUGUAGUUUACAUCGAUUUGGCGCCCCCUGUGGACAAAGCAGAGUUUGCUUAUCUUGUCCUCUGGAUGCUUCUGGAGUAGCCUCUGACAAAAAAAAAAUCUUCCUGCUUAUGUUUUUGAUUAGUAUUGAAGAAAGUUUUCAGAGAAGCUUCGAUUGUUCUAGUCUUUUCACCGGAUGUAUUGCCAGGACAAUUUAACUACACCUAGUAACCACCCAGGAUGUGUAAUGAAAAAAAACAGAUUCAAAAAUACUAAAAACUAAAAGUUAUGAAGGAUGGCAUAAACAUCCAGCACUGAUAUAACCGGAAAAGGAAGUAUUUGUAGUUACAGCAGUGUGAUGUUAUUUCCUCUCAGAUCGACCUGGAGACGGUGAAGGACAUGUACCUGGAGAAAUACGAUGUCACUCUGAAAGAUGCUCUGGAUUCAGACUGUGGUGGGGACUUCAAACGCCUCCUGAUUCAGAUCCUGCAUUAGAGCUCUUCAUUCUCCUCCUUAAGGCCUCACUUAACAUACUUUACUCUCACUGUGUCAUCUCAUCCUUUUGUGGGUAUCUCUCAGUCUGUCAUGUGUAUCUUUAUCUCUCUCUCACUUGUAGGGACAGUCAGUUCUCUCUGCAGCAUGGACCAAAAACCUGCUUGUUACUAUAUGAUACAGUAUUUUACACAUGGUUAACUUAUAUUUAUAGUCUUUGAAUACACAGUUUGCCAAGAACUCAACAACCAGGGAAAAAUAAUUCCACUCUCCUAAACUCUGCGGUUCUUCAUUAACAAUCAGCAGCUUCACAAUCAUUCGUACCUCAAUUCACCAUCUUAAGCUCCAACCAAAGCUUGAAACAUCAGGAGGUCUCUGCUGCUUGACACAUCAUAUGCUAGGCAAAGUAUUUAUUCUUCUCAUUUUAAUGUAUUGAAUCCACUCCUAUUUGCCUCAAAGAUGCCUUUCAUUAAGCGAUAAUGCACUUUGCUUUUUGCUGCAACCCUCAACACUUAAGUGCCGAAUUAACACGUUUAAUGGAUUGUCAAAAUUAUAUGAUAUUACCCUUUUGUUAAGAGCUCUUAACUCUGAGGAGCCUACACAGUAUUGGGUUUUGUAGUCACAUCCCUGAAUGUUAAACGGGAUUUUUUAAAACUCAAACCAUUUGUAGUCUUCUAGGUCUCGGCUAACAUGCUGCCUUUCACAUUUACACCGUUUGUGAGACAUUUUCAGGUCUAUAUUUGUCACUUCUAGUUAUCCUAAAUGUAUCUACAGUUCGUUAUGAUAGAAAUAAAAAACUCUGAGAUCAUUGUGCAUUAAGACAGUACAUAGUAACAGAUAUUAAUAACCUAAAAAAGACAUACCCUUUUCUCUCUAACCCCUGAAAUACAAUCACAGAUACAGGACACACAGUUGGCAUACGUGAAUGGAGUCAUAUCAACUAAUUUGAGUUAAAACCAUGAUUGCAGCUAUAUUACAACGAUGAUGUGUUGUUGUGUUGUCACAUAUCAGAAGAAUAGACUGAAUUAUAUGAAGGAAGUUAUUGUAAACCUGUUGUAUUAGCACAUGUAUCCUGUAAUAAAUUUUAACUCCAACAGAAAAAGAUGCCUGUUGUCUUUUGUCCUGUAGAGGGCAGUGUUGCACCACUUUAUUGUAAAAAAAAAAACUUAAAAAGAAAUAUCAAGAGAAGAAAUACUGUUUUAAGAUAAAAUUCAAUAUGACUGGAUAAUGUAAACAUGUGAAAUUGUUUUGUUGUUUUUAUCUUGAAGUAUAAAGAAACUCCCAACACUCAUGCUGAAUGGUGAAAUGGUAAACUAUGAAGAUAACCUGGCUUGUAAAUUGUUUAUUUUGUCGCCCUCUGGUCCAGAAUUAUUUUCUUUUUCUCUUUUUGCAUCUUAAACAAAAAUAUUCGCCUGCCAAACAGCACAGAAAUGGUUGGACUCAAGUAAAGGAGAACAAAUGUUCAAAUCAUGAGAAAUGUUUCCAGAUGCAGUGACCCGAAAGCAGCUGAUUUUUUUUCUUUCCUCUCCUUUAACCUCC